UUGCUUUAUAUAAAGCCCCUCUCUAUUGUGCCCAAAGCGAAAACCAGAAGAGAGGGCAUAUAUAUAGAGAGCGAUUGAUCGAUCGAGAUGGAGACGGGCAGCGGUGAUGUCUGCACUCUGCCGGAGGGUUGCAUCUCCCACGUGAUCUCUCUGACGUCGCCGGCCGAUUCUUGCCGGUCGAUGGCGGUCUGCACCACUUUCCGCUCCGCCGCCGUGUCCGACACCGUGUGGGAGCGCUUCCUGCUGCCCGAUUACCAGUCGAUACUGUCGCGGGCCGUCCAUCCGGUGGAGUACUCGUCCAAGAAGGAGCUCUUCUUCCGCCUCUGCGAACCCAUCCUCAUCGAUGACGGCAAAAUGAGUUUCUCACUGGAUAAAUCGAGCGGUGCAAAGUGCUACAUGCUGUCUGCCAGACAGCUGUUUAUUGUAUGGGGGGAUACUCCCCAUUAUUGGACGUGGCAUCCUCUACCCGAUUCCAGGUUUUCAGAGGUUGCGGAGCUCAUAAAUGUUUGCUGGUUGGAGCUUGGAGGCACGAUUCAAAGCAGAGUGCUUACUCCUAAAACAAUCUAUGCCGCCUAUCUCAUCUUCAAAGUAGAUCAGAAUUCACGAGGUCUUGGGUUUCCGAAUCAGGAAACAACAGUGAAACUGGGAUCCCAGGUGUCCAAACAUACUCUGAGUAUACAACCCAUCGCUGCUAAGAGACGGAGGACCAGAUGGUGUAUGCUGAAUCUGAUUUGGGGUGCCACGGGGGAGGGGCAUGCUGAUGCAGAGGAAAACCAGUUUGCAGCUAGAGCCCCUCAGGCAAGGGAUGGUGAUUGGAUGGUGAUGGGGGAAUGCUACGAGGAUGACGGUGAGGAAGGGCAUGCUGAUGCAGAGGAAAACCGGAUUGCAGCUAGAACCCCUCAGGCAAGGGCUGAUGGUUGGAUGGAGAUGGAGAUGGGGGAAUUCUACAAUGAUGACGGUGAGGAUGGGGAAGUGGAACUGAGUUUGAUGGAGGUGAAAGGAGGGAACUGGAAGUCUGGACUCACCAUCCAAGGCAUUGAGAUAAGGCCUAAGAAGUAGGCAGAAGAGCUCUUUUAUGUAUGGGCGUUUGGAUUGUCUUGACAACUGUAAGUUGAUUAGUCAUUAUAAAUAAACAAGAAACAUGGAAUGCUUUGCAGCUAUGGACAUUCUCAGACAACUAAUUGGAACUUUUAUUUCCUCUAUGUCUCAUUAACUUUUUGCUCAUUGCAGUAUAGAAGACAUGGUUUCUGUUUUCUUUCUUAAAUUUCUCCUUAUGUGAAGACAAAUUACAAGUUGGUUGGAAAUGUGAACCUAUGUUAAACUGCUAGAA